AAUGGCUUCAGACAUACCUGGAUCGGUGACAUUGCCCGUUGCCCCCAUGGCAGCCGCUGGACAGGUGAGGAUGGCGGGGGCCAUGCCGGCCCGAGGAGGAAAGCGGCGUUCCGGAAUGGACUUUGAUGAUGAAGACGGCGAAGGUCCCAGCAAAUUUUCGAGAGAGAAUCACAGUGAGAUCGAAAGGCGCAGGCGGAACAAGAUGACCCAGUACAUCACCGAGCUCUCGGACAUGGUCCCCACGUGCAGCGCGCUGGCCCGGAAGCCGGACAAGCUCACCAUCCUCCGCAUGGCCGUCUCGCACAUGAAGUCCAUGCGGGGCACAGGGAACAAGUCUACGGAUGGUGCAUACAAGCCUUCGUUCCUGACUGAGCAGGAGCUGAAGCAUCUCAUCCUCGAGGCGGCUGAUGGAUUUCUGUUUGUGGUGGCAGCGGAGACAGGGCGGGUGAUUUACGUGUCUGACUCCGUCACGCCCGUGCUGAACCAGCCCCAGUCGGAGUGGUUUGGAAGCACCCUCUAUGAUCACGUGCACCCCGACGAUGUGGAGAAGCUGAGGGAGCAGCUCUGCACAUCUGAGAACUCGAUGACAGGCCGGAUCUUGGACCUGAAGACUGGGACAGUCAAGAAAGAAGGGCAGCAAUCGUCCAUGAGGAUGUGCAUGGGCUCCCGCCGGUCCUUCAUCUGCAGGAUGAGGUGUGGAAAUGCUCCUUUGGAUCACCUGCCCCUGAACAGAAUCACCACCAUGAGGAAAAGAUUCAGGAAUGGCCUUGGCCCCGUGAAAGAAGGCGAAGCCCAGUAUGCGGUGGUCCACUGCACGGGAUACAUCAAGGCCUGGCCUCCAGCAGGAAUGACCAUACCUGAAGAAGAUGCUGAUGUGGGACAAGGCAGUAAAUAUUGCCUGGUGGCAAUUGGUAGACUCCAGGUGACCAGCUCUCCUGUGUGCAUGGACAUGAAUGGGAUGUCAGUGCCCACGGAGUUCUUAUCCCGGCACAACUCUGAUGGCAUCAUCACGUUUGUGGACCCAAGAUGCAUCAGUGUGAUUGGCUACCAACCUCAGGACCUUCUGGGAAAGGACAUUUUGGAAUUCUGCCACCCGGAGGAUCAGAGCCAUCUGCGUGAGAGUUUCCAGCAGGUGGUCAAGCUGAAAGGCCAAGUUCUCUCGGUCAUGUAUCGAUUCCGCACCAAGAACCGCGAGUGGAUGCUGAUCCGCACCAGCAGCUUCACGUUUCAGAAUCCCUAUUCAGACGAGAUCGAGUACAUCAUCUGCACCAACACCAACGUCAAGCAACUUCAGCAGCAGCAGGCGGAACUGGAAGUGCACCAGCGAGAUGGGUUGUCAUCGUAUGACUUAUCUCAGGUCCCAGUGCCCAACCUGCCAGCUGGAGUGCACGAGGCCGGGAAGUCCGUGGAAAAGGCAGAUGCAAUCUUUUCCCAGGAAAGGGAUCCCCGGUUUGCUGAGAUGUUUGCAGGAAUAAGUGCGUGUAAGUUGCCAAGCCUGGGAAAUGGUGGUUGGACACCGCGGUUGGAAGGAUGUGGGCAUCCCAUGCCUGCGGGGGGAGGACAAGCGGGGCUCUCCUCGGUGGUCCACGUGCCUGGGGUGAAUGAUAUUCAGUCCUCCUCAUCAACGGGCCAGAACAUGUCCCAGAUCUCCCGACAGCUAAACCAGAGCCAGGUGGCAUGGACAGGGAGCCGUCCACCCUUUCCCGGGCAGCAAAUUCCAUCUCAGUCUAGCAAGACUCAGUCAUCCCCGUUUGGGAUUGGGACAAGCCACACCUACCCUGCCGACCCGUCUUCCUACAGUCCCCUCUCCAGCCCUGCUACCUCCUCACCCAGUGGGAACGCCUACUCCAGCCUGGCCAACAGGACGCCGGGGUUCGCUGAAAGCGGACAAAGCAGCGGGCAGUUUCCAGGGCGGCCCUCGGAAGUCUGGUCGCAGUGGCAGAGCCAGCACCACGGUCAGCAGAGCGGUGAGCAGCAUUCCCACCAGCAGCCCAGUCAGACUGAAGUGUUCCAGGACAUGCUGCCCAUGCCAGGAGAUCCGACCCAGGGGACAGGCAACUAUAAUAUCGAAGACUUUGCCGACCUGGGCAUGUUCCCGCCCUUUUCUGAGUAGCCGCAGGCGGCGCGAGGCUCUCCGGCGCAGUGCUGCCUGUGCUGGGACGUCAACUCGGAUGUGAACGAGCCUGCCCUCCCCCUGCUGCCCCGCCUGUCCUGUGCAGAGCCCCCUCCCCCUUCCCCAUCAAUCCUCACCGCCCACUCUGCACUGGCCAGAGGCAUUGUUCAACGCUUAGAAGUUGGUUGUAUUUAUUGUAUUUUAUCUGUGUGUGCUUGGUGGGGAGGGGCAUACGGGGCCCCUAAAACAUGAUUGUGAAUAAUCUCUUAGUAGACAACAUACACCUUUGAAGGGUUCAUUCCAGGCCCAGAGCAGUCCGGCUGCACGAGCAGGCCGGCCCUCAGUUCUGAAACCAUGUUCCUUCUUAUAUUUCACUUUCGCCAGAUGGGUAGGACUCGGGGGUGCUAGACAUCCAGGAUGCAGGAUGCAAAGCCUCUGUGGUAUGAACCAAGCCGGAAGAGAGGUGCACAGGGACAUCAAGGGCACCCUGCCCACCCAUAGCCCACC